AUGCGAGUACGGCCGGCGGCCGUCUACAAAAACUUGGCUCUCGUCGUCGGCGCGCUUUUCAUUUUCUACGCGUGCACCUCGAUCCUCGGCUACGAUGACGGGAAGCACAUUUCACACCCGAAAAAUCCAAAACAUCUUUACAUAACGGUCGAUAAAAAUAGAAUGGAUCAUCGAUUUGAGACGUUGGCCCCAAAGCGAAUCCUGGUGUGGAAUUCAAUUUUCGGCACUCACCCGGAUAACAAGCACAUGUUAGAAUGCCCUGGAUUAUCGGAUCGAUGUAUUCUCGACUCUGACCGCAGCCGAAUCAGUGUGGCCGAUGCCGUGUUGAUCCACGCUCCGAAUAUCAAUGAGGGCCUGCCUCCACCCGAAGCCCGAAAGCAAUCUCAACGCUACGUGUUUAUGUCCAUGGAGAUUCCACAGCAUUUGCCGAAAUUUAACGUGUCAAAGCAAUACUUCAACUGGACGAUGACGCAUCUCCACUCAUCCGAUGUCAUCUUCAAGUAUGGAGGCUUUUGGUUGACAUCAAAAGAAGCUGAACUACGAGGAUUCAAGGUGGCCGACUAUUUCGUGCCGGAAAGAACCCUACGCAAAACCAAAAGUGGCAUAUUUGGUUUGAUCUCAAACUGCAAUACCCCGUCAAAACGUGAAUUGGCGAUCAAAGAAUUGGGAAAACACAUGCCGGUACGCAUCGCAGGAAAGUGUGCGACGGAAGAAGCCGACCGUCAUGUCUGUCCGCCAGGGGAUGCCUGUGAGAAGAUCUUCUCCGAGUAUCCCUUUUUCUUUGCGGUCGAAAAUACGGUCUGUGACGACUACGUCACCGAGAAGUAUUGGGCGAGGAAACGGAUACCAUCGAUUCCAAUUGUCCUCCGCAGAAGUGCCUAUCGAAAUGAAAACCUUCCAUCACAAUCUGUCAUCGCCUUUGAUGACUUCAACAACCCAAAGGAAAUGGCCGAUUUUCUGACAGGCUUGGAGAAAAACUUCACCGCCUAUUCGCAAUACUUCAAAUGGAGAAACGGAGGGUGGACCGAGGCGCCGUGGAAUGCUCCCGGCUUCCGGAACGGCUAUUGUAAGCUCUGCGAAAAGCUUUGGGACAUUGAGGAACCCGAGAAUACGGUCGAAGACGUCUACACGUGGUUUCAGGCGGAGUCGCGGUGCGAGGGAGCCGAAUGGGUGAACGAGUGGAUCGCUACAAAA